AUGACUUCUCCAGAUGCUGAGAUGGCUGCCUUUGGGGAGGCAGCUCCCUACCUGAGAAAGUCAGAGAAGGAAAGGAUUGAGGCCCAGAAUAAGCCUUUUGAUGCCAAAUCCUCAGUCUUUGUGGUACAUCCAAAGGAAUCUUUUGUGAAAGGAACCAUCCAAAGCAGGGAAUCAGGGAAGGUCACUGUGAAGUCCGAAGCAGGAGAAACUCUGACUGUGAAGGAAGAUCAAAUCUUCUCCAUGAAUCCUCCCAAGUAUGAUAAAAUUGAGGACAUGGCCAUGAUGACCCACCUCCACGAACCCGCUGUGCUGUACAACCUCAAAGAGCGUUAUGCAGCCUGGAUGAUCUAUACCUACUCGGGUCUCUUCUGUGUGACUGUAAACCCCUACAAGUGGCUGCCGGUGUACAACCCGGAGGUGGUGUUGGCCUACCGAGGCAAAAAGCGCCAGGAGGCCCCUCCACACAUCUUCUCCAUCUCUGACAAUGCCUAUCAGUUCAUGCUGACUGACCGCGAGAAUCAGUCAAUCCUGAUCACUGGAGAAUCUGGUGCAGGGAAGACUGUGAACACAAAGCGUGUCAUCCAGUACUUUGCAACAAUUGCAGCGAGUGGGGAGAAGAAGAAGGAGGAUCAGUCUGGCAAAAUGCAGGGAACUCUUGAGGAUCAAAUCAUUAGUGCCAACCCACUGCUGGAGGCAUUUGGAAAUGCUAAGACUGUGAGGAAUGACAACUCCUCGCGCUUUGGCAAAUUCAUCAGAAUCCACUUUGGGGCCACAGGCAAACUGGCUUCUGCUGACAUUGAAACUUAUCUACUGGAGAAGUCCAGAGUCACUUUCCAGCUCAAGGCAGAAAGAAGCUACCACAUUUUUUAUCAGAUCAUGUCCAACAAGAAGCCAGAGCUGAUUGACAUGCUUCUCAUUACCACCAACCCAUAUGAUUUUCAUUAUGUGAGUCAAGGUGAGGUCACUGUACCCAGUAUUGAUGACCAGGAGGAGCUCAUGGCUACAGACAGUGCCAUUGACAUCCUGGGCUUCACUGCUGAUGAAAAGACUGCCAUUUACAAGCUGACAGGCGCUGUCAUGCACUAUGGGAACUUGAAGUUCAAGCAGAAACAGCGAGAGGAGCAGGCAGAGCCAGAUGGCACAGAAGUGGCUGACAAGGCUGCCUACCUGAUGGGCCUGAACUCAGCAGACCUUCUCAAAGCCCUGUGUUACCCUCGAGUGAAGGUUGGGAAUGAAUUUGUGACAAAAGGUCAAACUGUCGAACAGGUGAACAAUGCAGUGGGUGCCUUAGCAAAAGCUGUCUAUGAGAAGAUGUUCUUGUGGAUGGUUGUUCGCAUCAAUCAACAGCUGGAUACCAAGCAACCCAGACAGUACUUCAUUGGUGUCUUGGACAUUGCUGGUUUUGAGAUCUUUGAUUUCAACAGCUUUGAGCAGCUGUGCAUCAAUUUCACCAAUGAGAAACUGCAGCAGUUCUUCAACCACCACAUGUUCGUGCUGGAGCAGGAGGAGUACAAGAAGGAAGGAAUCGAAUGGGAAUUCAUUGACUUUGGGAUGGACCUGGCUGCUUGCAUUGAACUCAUUGAAAAGCCCAUGGGCAUCUUUUCCAUCCUGGAAGAGGAGUGCAUGUUCCCCAAGGCAACUGACACCUCUUUCAAGAACAAGCUCUAUGACCAGCAUCUGGGCAAGUCCAAUAAUUUCCAGAAGCCCAAGCCUGCCAAAGGCAAGGCUGAGGCCCACUUCUCCCUGGUGCACUAUGCUGGCACAGUGGACUACAACAUCUCUGGCUGGCUUGAGAAGAACAAGGACCCCCUGAAUGAAACUGUCAUUGGGUUGUACCAGAAAUCAUCUCUGAAGACACUGUCAUUACUCUUUGCGGCCUAUGGUGGUGAAGCUGAGGCUGCUGGUGGUGGUGGUGGUAAGAAGGGUGGUAAGAAGAAGGGUUCUUCUUUCCAGACAGUCUCAGCUCUUUUCCGUGAGAAUUUAAACAAGCUAAUGGCUAACCUGAGAAGCACUCACCCCCAUUUUGUACGCUGCAUCAUUCCAAAUGAAACAAAAACACCAGGUGCCAUGGAACAUGAGCUGGUGCUGCACCAGCUGCGGUGUAAUGGUGUGUUAGAAGGGAUCAGGAUUUGCAGGAAAGGAUUCCCCAGCAGAGUUCUGUAUGCUGACUUCAAACAAAGAUACAGAGUGCUUAAUGCCAGUGCUAUUCCAGAGGGACAGUUCAUGGACAGCAAGAAGGCUUCAGAGAAGCUCCUUGGGUCCAUCGAUGUGGACCACACCCAGUACAGAUUUGGUCACACCAAGGUGUUCUUCAAAGCCGGGCUAAUAGGUCUUCUGGAGGAGAUGAGAGAUGAGAAGCUAGCAGAGAUUAUGACCAGGACGCAGGCCAGAUGCAGGGGCUUCCUGAUGAGAGUGGAGUAUAGGAAAAUGGUGGAGAGGAGGGAUGCCAUCUUCUGUAUCCAGUAUAAUGUUCGUGCAUUCAUGAAUGUCAAGCACUGGCCCUGGAUGAAGCUGUUCUUCAAAAUCAAGCCCUUGCUGAAGAGUGCAGAAUCUGAGAAGGAGAUGGCCAACAUGAAGCAAGAGUUUGAGAAAACCAAGGAAGAGCUUGCAAAGUCUGAGGCAAAGAGGAAGGAGCUAGAGGAGAAAAUGGUGACCUUGUUGCAGGAAAAAAAUGACUUGCAGCUCCAAGUGCAGGCAGUGAGUGUCACCAUUUAUUUGUGCCUUUUUUUUUUUUUUUAUCUUCUUUUUGUUUGUUUGUUUAUUUGUUUUUCCAAGCAGAGGAAGCUGAUUAAAUUGCAAUAGAAAAAAAGUCACACA